AUGAGAAUUAAAACGUGUCUUAAGUCAAUUAUCCAACUGAUUUUAUUUAUCAAUUUUGUUAAUAGAAUCAAUGGGUUUGACAUUUGUUAUAUUAAAAGUAAUAAUACAUUACUUGGAUAUGGAACAACAACAAAACCAAAUAUAUGUGAAUUAAAAACACCACCACAAAUAAUAAUAGAUUCAGGAAUACCACCUACAUAUACAUUUCGAAGUGGAACAUCAGCAGGAAUUAAUAACGAUACAAUAAAUAUUAGACAACAACUUGUAAAUAAUGAUUGGGAAAAAACAACACAAAUAAUAUUUGAAAAAGGUCAUGGAUUAAAAUCAAUUUCAUUAGGAGAAACAGCAAUUAAAUGUUCAUGGAGUAUUUCUAAUGAAAAUAUUGUAUCAGAUUUUGUAUAUUUCUUUGCAUAUAAAAAUGAAGCGUGGGGGUUUACUAAAAUUAGUGCAAAAACUAAACCUUUUGUAUUUUUUAAUGGUAUUAAUACUACUCAUAAUACACUUGAAACAACAAGCAAGCCAUAUAUUAAUACAAUUAGGAAAUCAUUUACUAAAGAUUGUAUUUAUCAAUUUUCAUCUUAUUAUAUUGGAGGUGCUGGAGUAAAUGAUGGAAAUUAUAAAAUGAUUUCAAUUUGUGAAAGAAAUUCAAUUCAAAGAUAUGUUCAAUGUUAUUGGUCAAAAGGUUCUUAUAAUGAUUGUUCUUGUAAACCAGUUUCUAAAGAACCAAAAAUUAAAACAAGUGGUAAUUUAAAAUAUCCAGACUGUCAUUAUUUAUCUUAUUUAUAUGAUUUUUCUCUUAAUAUUGAAAAUAUUUAUGUAGAAUUUGAUACAGUUAAUACAACUACUUGGUCAGAUUUUCUUAUUCCACAAAGAAUGGAAUCAUUAACUUUAGUUAUAACAGCUAAUGGAGUUGAUUUUUUAACAAUUAAUUCAGACUUUUCUUUACCAUCAUUUUCAUUUAAAGUGUAUGGUGGUUUAAAUAUUACUGGUGAAUUAAUAUUUGAAACUGCAGCUAAUUAUUAUUUUAAAAACUUAACAUUUGAAAAAGUAAUGGUUGAUGAAUAUAUUGAUGAUAAUACUAUUUUAUUUGCUUCUACUGUUAAUGAAAUUGAUGCAAAAAAACUUGAAUCUAUUGAAACAUUAAAUAAGAAAAUUGUUCAAGUUUUACCAACUUGUGGAACAGUAGAUACAAUAAGAAGAUUUGUUAAAAGUCCAGGGGAUAAAGAUAGUGACUCUUAUUUAGGUUGUAAAUGUACUGUUGAAACAGAAACAAUUUUUGAACAAUUUGAUUGUGAAGAGGUUUCAAAAGAACCAACAAGUCAAUUAGAUCUUAUUAUUAGUAAAAGCAUUUAUGAUGGAAAUAAUUUUAUUAGGUAUUGGAAUAAUAUUAAAUUUACUGGAAAUGGUUACAGAACUCUUAAAGGAUUAAGACAUAAUGCUAAAAUAUGUACUUUUAUUGCUGAUAGAAGGUAUACAAUCGAUACUGAAUUAUAUUGUGAUGAAGUUAAUAUUGAACAAGGAGUUACUAUUGAAGUUAAAGGAAAUUUAUAUAUAAAAACACUUAAUAUUUUAGAAGAUUAUUCUAAUCUUAACCAAAAACCAAUUUUUAUUUCUUCUCCAUUAAUUUUAACAAAUCUUUCUUCUAUUACAUUUGCUCAUCCUUUACAAUCUUGUGUUGAAUUAGUUGCUUCUUCUCUUAUUUAUGAUUCAAAUGUAAAAAACUUUAGUGAUUAUUCAUUAGUUGGAUUGGAACAUUUGUUAAGAGUUUGUCCUAAAGGCUCAAUUAAUACAGCUGUCGAAUGUGAAAUGGAUGGAAUUAAUUAUCCAACAAAUUUUAUAUAUUCAUAUUGUCCUUGUAGUGGUUCAGCAUGUUCUAUUAAAAUACCAAACACUAUUUCAAGAGUAACUGCUUCUAGUGUAUCAAGUAUUGAAGGAAAAUUAAUUAUCAAUGGGGAUCUUUCAUUAAGUAAUUUUAACCUAAUUUCUACAUUAGAAAUUACAAGUCAAUCUACUGUAAUUAUUGAAGGCACAACUGAACUUCAAAUAAAUAGUAUUAAUCCAUCAUCUGAAUCUAUUCCAAUUUUAAUCCUUCAAUCACCUACAAUUAUCAAUGGAGCGUUAAAUAAAUUUAGUAUUAUACCUUCAAGUGUUACUACCUUCAAUUAUAAUAAUGUUCAAUUAGAAAAAGUCACUGAAACCACUUCAGGGUCUUUAGUCCUUAAACCAACUGUUACAAGUCUUUCUAUUGAAAAAAUAGAAACUGUUUCUUCUUUAAACACAAUCCCUUUAUUUAUUUUAGAAAGUUCAGAAAUACCAAUUUCUAUUAGUGGUAAUCUUUCAUCAGUUUCAAAUAAAAUUAUUUUAUUAACUAAAAGUAGAAAAGUCUCAGAUCCUGUUAAAGUUUCUUGUGAUGGACAAGCUGUUUUACCAACUGGUUUUAAAGACUGUAAUAAAAUUGGACUUUCAUCACAUUCAUGUUAUUUUAAUUCUAACAAAUAUGUUUUAUCUUCAUCAAAUCUUAAUAUUGAUUAUUCUUGUCCUUGUAAGAGAAGUAAUGACAUUUCUUGUACUAUAACUAUUGAUCCAUCAUCAACAAGUAUUUCCGUUAUAAACAAUGUUACAGAAUUUACUGUAGAAUCAUCUAUUACAUUUGAAUCAAAAUCACAUACAUUUACUAUUAGAUCAAGUUCAGCUGAUUCAAUUAUUACUAUUAAUGGAGAUUCAAAUUUUAUUCAAGUAGAUGCAAUUCCCGGAUUUACUUUAAAAUCUACAUCUCAAAAUAAUGUUUUAUCAUCAAUUUCACAAUAUACAUUUAGUAGUGUUACAACUGCAAAGAGCAAUGUAUUUAGUCUUAAAAAAGUUACAAAUAAUGGGGUUAUUGUUGUUUCAUCACUAAAUAAUUAUUGUACAGUUGGACAAUUAAAUGAUAAUAUAUUCUCAUGUUUAAUUUGUGGAGAUAUUACUGCUAAUUCAAAUGGAAUAUGUGAUGAAAGAAACCCAAUUGAACGUUGUAGUUAUUUAGUAAAUGGGUAUUGUAAAGAAUGUGAAGAAGGAUAUUAUGUUGAAGGAGAAAGAUUAGGUAGUCAAAGUUGUCAAGCAUUACAACCAGGAUGUUUAAGAGGAAAUUCUAAAGAAUGUUUUAAAUGUGUUAAUAAUAAAAAAAUUGAAGGAACAAGUUGUGUUGAUGUUAGUGAUUGUUCUUUUUAUUUAAAUGAAUUAUGUAUUCUUUGUGAAGAAGGAAAACGAAGUAGUAAUGGACAGACAUGUGAUACAAAAUGUGAUGAAUCAUGUAAGUCUUGUCACAGUAUGAAGGAUAAUGAGGUAUGUAAUAUUUGUAAUUUUGAACUUAAAUAUAGUAAAGCAUUUGAUGACAAUAAAUGUACUACUGGAGAAGGAGUUGAUAUAGUUUCUCCUACAUAUCAAAUAUCAUGUUCCAAAGGAUAUAGUUUUGAUAGUUUAAAUUCUAAUAAAUGUAAUAAAUGUAUAACUGGAUGUUCAAUUUGUGAAGGAGGAAAAUGUCUUCAAUGUGAAAAAAAAGAAGAUAUUUUAUUUAAUGGAGGGUGUAGAAGUCAAGAAUUAUCUAAAUGUAAAACUAUAAAUGAUAAUAAAUGUAUUGAAUGUAAUGAACAAGAAUAUUAUGACAUUACAACAGGAACAUGUACAAAAUAUGAUUCAACAUGUAAAAGUGUAGAUUAUAAUGGAUUAUGUACAAGUUGUACAAACAAAGAAUCUUAUGUAGAAUUACCUGAAAGAAAAAAAUGUGUAUCAAAACAACAAGAUAUAAAAUGUUUAUCAAGUUUAUAUGGUAUUUGUUAUAGAUGUAUUCAAAAAUAUUAUCCAAAUGGAGUAAAAUGUGAACAAUGUUUAGAACAUUGUAAGUUAUGUUCUAAUGAAAAACAAUGUGAUGUUUGUGAAGAUGGAUAUCAAUUAAUAAAUUCAACAUGUGUUUCAUUAACAACAGAACAUUGUGAACAUUAUGGAACAUUAUCAUGUAUUAAAUGUGAAAGUGGAUAUUAUCUUGAUACAUUAAAAUGUACAAAAUGUGAUUCUAAAUGUAAAGAAUGUACAUCAAAUAAUAUUUGUUCAUUAUGCAAUGAAGGAUAUUAUUUAAAUAAUUCAAAAUGUAUUUCAUUAGAAGAAGCUAAUAAAAAGCAUUGUAUAAAGAUAAGUAAAACAGGAUGUAUUAAAUGUGAAAUUGGAUAUUAUAAUAAAGAUGGAGAAUGUUUAAGUUGUAAUUCAAUUAAACCUAAUUGUGCAGUAUGUAAUAUUACUUCAAAUAAAUGUAUUAAAUGUCCAGAAGAAUAUAUAAUGAAAGAAGAAGGAUGUGUACAUUAUUCAACAAUACCACAUUGUAAACAAGCCAUAGAUGGAUAUUGUGAUAAAUGUGAUAACUGGUACGCAUUAAGUUAUACAAGAAUUUCAUGUGAAAGAUAUGCAGAAGGAGGAAAAAUAGCAGCAAUAAUUAUAAGUAUAAUAAUAUUAGUAAGUAUAAUUAUUCUUAUUGGAAUUGUAAUUUAUUUAUUAUAUAAGAGAUAUCAAAGGCACCUUGAAAUAACAAGAGCAACUGGAAUAUUUCCAUUAAAACAUUGUAAUAUUGAAUUACAAACAUAUCCAAUAUUACCAACAAUUGUUUGUGAAACAACAAUAAUUGAAUUUAAUGACAAAAUGGAAUUAAAUAAAGAAUAUUCAAAAGGAUUUUAUAUUGGAAAUAAAGGAGAAACAACAGUAGAAAUUCAAUUUACAAUAAAAGAAGACCAAAGAUAUAGAAUAGAAUUUAGUCCAAAUAAUCUUGUGAUUAAAUCAAAAAUGUGUUGUUUAAUAAAUGUAUUAAUUAUGCCAUAUUGUUCAUUUAAUAUUCAACAAGAAUUUAAAUGUAUUAUAAAAGAAAAUAAUAAUAAAAAAGGAGAAUUAGAUUUUAAAUUUAAAGCAAAUACAAUAGAAACAUAUAACAUUGAUCCAGAAUUAAUUCAAUAUCAAAAUGUAUUAAGAGCAAAUUAUGAAAUAACAAUAAGUAAGGCAAUAUAUAAUAAUAUACCAGUAAUUGUUAGAAAUAUUGGAUGUUUUGAAUUAGGAAUUGAAGAAAAAAAAAUAUAUGAAGAACCAUUAAAUAUUUUAGAAACAUUUCCAUCAAGUAAUUAUUUAACUAAAUAUAUUGGUAAAGUCUUAUUAAAAAAUACACAUCUUAUUAUUACUGAAUUUGCUCCUUUAGGAACUUUACAAGAUAUUAUUAAUUCUAAAAAGAAUUCUAUUAAUUCUGUAUUAAAACAAAGAAUUGUUUUAGACGCCUCAAAAGGAAUUGCUAUUCUUCAUGCUAAAAAUUAUUUACAUUAUAAUAUUAAACCUUCAAAUAUUUUAUUAAUUAGUACUAAUAUUAACGAUCAAUCUCUUGUUAAAAUUACUGAUUUUGGUUAUCAUUAUAAUUAUAAAAAAUUCUUUAAUCAUCGUAUUGAAGUAUCUGAAAGACCGACUUAUAUUGCUCCUGAAAUUUUUACUGGUCAAAAAUUUACAAAUAAAACUGAUGUUUAUGCUUUUGCUUUAACUAUGUUUGCUAUUCUUACUUUAAAUGAACCUUACCCUCUUAAUGAAUAUCCUUAUCCUUGGUCUAUCUCAAAAUUCGUUUGUGUUGGUAGAAGACUUCCUCAACCUUCAGAUAUGUCUAAACAAAUGUAUGAUAUUAUUUCUAAUUCUUGGGAACAUUGUUCAGCUGAUAGAUUUACUAUAGACGAAAUAGUUCAUGAACUUAAAAAAUUAUCAGUGAACUAA